ACAUCUGAAAGCUAUAAAUAAGAAGACAGGAAGCAGCACACUGCAGUCCUCACUGACUGACCGGUAGUCCAGGUAUGGGAGUGUUGUUGGAGACGGUGUUGGUGGCGGCGGUGGUGGGCUUGGCGCAGGCACAGUGGGACCCCCACUUCUCCAACGGCCAGGCCAUCGUUCAUCUGUUCGAGUGGCGAUGGGCGGACAUCGCUGCUGAGUGUGAGAGGUUCCUCGGUCCCAAAGGCUUCGGCGGCGUCCAGGUGUCGCCGGUGUCGGAGAACAUUGUCGUGUACCAGAAUGAAAAGAGCCGCCCCUGGUGGGAGCGGUAUCAGCCGGUCUCAUACAAGAUCAUUACUCGCUCGGGCGACGAGAGCGCCUUCAAGGACAUGGUCAACCGCUGCAACAACGUCGGGGUCAGGAUUUAUGUGGACUGCGUCUUCAACCAAAUGACGGGGUGGUGGCCCGACGGGACACCCACCACCGGGGGCACCUCCUUUGACUACGGCGCCCAGUCCUACCCCGGGGUCCCGUAUUCUGCCUUUGAUUUCAACGAUGCCAACUGUCACUCUGCCUCCGGCGGCAUUGAAAGCUAUGGAGAUGCAAACCAGGUACGCAACUGUAAACUGGAGGGGAUGAACGACCUCAACCAGGGCUCCGAUUACGUUCGGGGGAUGAUCAAGAACUACCUCAACACCCUCAUCAGCUACGGCGUGGCCGGCUUCCGCGUCGACGCCAGCAAGCACAUGUGGCCGGGAGAUCUGAAGGCGAUCUACGACAGCCUCAACGACCUCAAUGCGGACUACUUCGGCGCUGGUCAACGAGCCUUCAUUUACCAGGAGGUCAUCGAUCUCGGAGGCGAAGCUGUUACGAGCGGAGAGUACACGGGUAACGGCCGCGUCACAGAAUUUAAGUAUGGCAAGUUCCUGGGCGAGGCUUUCCGCGGGAACAACCAGCUAAAGUACCUGGUCAACUUCGGCGAGGGCUGGGGCAUGCUGGACCGCGCCUACUCUCUCGUCUUCAUCGACAACCACGACAACCAGAGAGGCCACGGGGCCGGGGGAGACAUGAUCCUCACCUUCCGCGUCUCUAAGCUCUACAAGAUGGCCACUGCCUUCAUGCUUGCCCUGCCUUAUGGCCUCACCCGCGUCAUGUCGUCUUAUUACUGGGACCAAAACUUUGUUAAUGGCCAAGACCAGAACGACUGGGUGGGUCCCCCGCACGACGGCAACUACAACACCGUCGGCCCCACCAUCAAUGCCGACGACACCUGCGGCAACGGCUGGAUCUGCGAGCACCGCUGGAGGCAGAUCUAUAACAUGGUCGAGUUCCGCAAUGUUGCUCACGGCACUGACAUGAACGACUGGUGGGACAACGACAGCAACCAGAUCGCCUUCUGCAGAGGCAACAAGGGCUUCAUCGCCAUCAACAACGACAGUUGGGACCUCAAACAAACCCUGCAGACCUGUCUGCCCGCCGGCACCUACUGCGACGUCAUCUCCGGCUCCAAGAGCGGAGGGUCAUGCACGGGCAAGUCCGUGACGGUGGGCGGGGACGGCACGGGUUACAUCGAGAUCACCACCGCGGAGGACGAUGGCGUCUUGGCCAUCCACGCUAACUCCAAGCUGUAGUCUGCGUCCACACCACCUUCAGGAGUGAGCUGCUUGUGAAGACACGCCUGCCUCAACACCCCGAAACUCUCAGGUCUCAACACCGGCAGGUCUCAACACCGGCAGGUCUCAACACCGGCAGGUCUCAACACCUGAAGCGCUUCCUGCCCCACAGCUUGAGGGAGGGAGCAAUACGCUGCCCACUGGACCCUGUGAAGCCCAUAGUUCAUCACAAAACCCGCAUACAACUAUGUAAUAUAUUUAACAAAGAAUAAUAACUGGUUAUGCGUGAUGUAGAGCCAACAGCUCACAGUUCACUCUGCUCUUCAAAAAAUCAUUUUAUGUCCGAACGCUGUCAACUGUUAAACAUUUUAUAAUUACGGCUGCGUUAAUUGCAUGUGCCUGAAGACAGUUCUCUGACAAAUAUCAUGCGACAUAAAAUUAUAAGUAAAAUCAUAAAAAUU